GCGCCUUUAAGAUGAGCAGAGCUGCGGCCUGCCAGCGGGGCUCUGGGUUGCAGUUUUCAGAAAGAACUGCAGAUUCAGAGCAAUGGUGCGCACUCUCGUUUCUCCGGCAGUCAAUGCAUUUCUGCUGGACAUCGAGGGGACCACGACUCCCAUCUCCUUUGUAAAGGAUGUUUUGUUUCCUUACAUCAAAGAAAAUGUGAAGAGCUACCUCCAUACACACUGGAAUGAGAAGGAAUGUCAGGAAGACAUUGACUUUUUGAGAAAACAGGCUAAAGAUGACAAGGAAUUAGAAGGAGCAGUGCUAAUUCCAGAAUGGUGUUCAGGAGAGAAUGCUGACAAGGAACAAGCUCUUGAAAUAGUGACAAAUAACGUCUUGUGGCAGAUGUCCCAGGACAGGAAGACAACAGCUUUGAAACAGCUGCAGGGUCACAUGUGGAGGGAAGCCUUUCUACAUGGAGAAGUAAAGGGAGAAGUGUAUAAAGAUGUUGCUCCAGCAAUUAAAGAGUGGAGAAAGGAAGGCAAGAAGGUGUACAUCUACUCUUCAGGCAGUGUGGAAGCUCAGAAGCUUCUGUUUGGAUACUCUGUCGAGGGAGACCUGUUGGAGCUUUUUGAUGGCCAUUUUGACACAAAGAUUGGAUCCAAAGUAAAAGCUGAAAGCUACAGAGAAAUUGCUAAAAAUAUUGGUUGUUCCACAGACAACAUACUUUUCCUAACAGAUGUGACAAAAGAGGCAAGGGCUGCGGAAGAAGCAGGAGUUCAAGUGAUUCUUGUGGUGAGGCCUGGAAAUGCAGAGCUGACAGAAGAAGAAAUGUCUUGUUCUAUUAUCACCUCUUUUGGUGAACUCUUACUAUCCGAUCCCAAAGCAAACUGAGCAGCUUCAAAGUACAAUCAAAAGGAUUUACUAAAACCAUUUCUCAGCAAGGAUUUUCAUAAAUUUGUUCUAAUCAUGAGAAAAGCAUUUACAAUAAGUUUGUUUUCUACAAAAAGAUUACGAGAAAGAUUAGGACAGUGGCUUGUGAUUACUUUCUCUUGUAUGUUAAGCUUAUGAUUUCGGUAUUGCUGCUAUGGAAAGGUAUUGGCUACAUAAAGAGGUAAUGACGUCGCAAGAUGAACAGGAAAAUUCAGAUGAGAAGUUGGUCCAGGCUACUAUCCACACGAGAAGGAACUAGAUAAUCUACCUUUUCAUCAAACGUGCAAUUACGGAGAUAUGCUGUUUUAGGGAAACGUUAAAUUUGUGUAUCUACUUGAAAUGUGAAAAAUCCCUAAUUGUGCAGUUUGAUUUUGUACUUUUACACAUUGUUGUGACUGGAAAAACCAUUUUGGACUGUAAAGAGGUGAAGCUGAAAUGUCUGUGAUUUUAAUGGGAUCAAUUUAACAUACUUAACUGAGUAUAUAACACUUCUGGUAAAAAUACAUUAAGCAAUGCUAACAAUAUCAGAAAGAGAAAUAGACAUUUGUUUAAACUCCAGUUUUUAACAAAGUAUAUUUAAAUAAUUCUAAUAAAUCUUUAAUGCUUAGUUAAGCUUUUCAUUUAAAAAAAACGUUUUUUUACUACUUUCUCUGCUUUGGGAAGCUCAUGUUAUGAACCUCCUCUUCUGAAUUAUAGAAGACCUGUGCAGUACAAGCCAGGACAAAUUGUACUUUGUAUAUUAAUUUCAGUCUGUUUCAGUGCUCUUAUUUCAGAAUCUGGAGGUCAUGGGUUCAAGCAUCUCUUCCAAGACUGUACAUAGAAUCUAACUUUAGCACUGGAAUGUGAGAGUGACUCAGUGUUCACAGUGCUAGUUUUUGAGGUAAAAACACUAAAUCUGCCUUCUCCUGGGAAGAUCCUGUGUCACUAUAUCUGAGGAGCAAAUGUUUUGCCAGUUUCUAAGGGAAUAGUCAUCCAUCAACCAUUGUCAAUCACUAAAGCAAAUCAUAUUUUUUUUGGUAUUACUGUCUGUAGUGCCUUGUGUGAAAACUAGCUGCUGUGUGCCUUCAACUAGAACAGUGAUUACAUUUCAAAAGUAUGUCAUUGGCAAUGAUGUGCAUUGGGAGAGCCUGAGGAUGUGAAAGCUGCUGUCGAAGUGCAAGUUCUUUCCUGCCAUAACAAACUCCUUUAAGGAGCUCCACCUUGUGGUUUCACUUUUAGCAAGUUACAACAGAGUUCCACAAAUCAGAAAAGUAUAUUGUGAGGAGUAUUUUUGUACAAUUUGAGCUUUGAACACACUUUCCAGUUAAGUAAAUUUAAGUAAAGAAAUAUAUACAUAAUGUGUGAAC